UCAGUCAACUUCAUUGUUUUGACAUAAACAUCCGUCGUCGUCUCUUCUUGCUCGCUCGCGGAUCAUCGUCGUCGCGCCGACGAAACGUGCAGCGUAAAAAUAAUACGUCGUCCAAGCGCAGAGCCAUCGACACUCGCUCGCAGGCGUCAAUGUUAAGUGGAUACUUAAUCCUUAUCUUGGACGAUGAGGGAUACGAAAAACGAAUCCCCGCGAGACGGCACGCUGCGCAUUCAUCGUCGACGCGCUGGUACUUAUCAGCCCAAAGAUAGCCUAGGACUCUCCUGCAUACUGCAAGCAAACGAUGCGAGUGACGAGGGUGACAAAUUGCUCACAAGGAGAAGAGCUUUAACGGCGCCGCAGGACAACAUUGGAAUCUCCUGCUUGCCGAGCAAAGAUUCCAGCCAGCUUCCCAACAAGUCGGAUUCGGAGUUGGAAAUUUCAGAGUUGGCUUCCAUCAAGGAUAUGGUUCUCGGCCCGGAAAAGAAAACGAUCUUCGAAGAUCUGUGGAGAGGCAACGAUGCAGCAAAACAGAAGAAGGAAAUGAGCAAUCCGACAUCUAUUGGAAUAAGCAAUAUACGGAGACCAAGAAACGAAUCAACGAACACGCGAAAACCAAUUUUACCCAAGGAUAAUAUUGGCCAUUGCUGUAGACUUUUACAGAAGCCAACUGCGUCGACAACGAGUAUCAAAAGUUUGGGAAAGGACUCAAAAGUACGUGCAAAGCCAAUCAAAUCCGGUACGAGUUUGAAAGUACAGCAGGAUAAGAAAAAUUCAAAGGGUUCACGAAACUGCAGCACUGGAAGUUAACAGCAAUCAACAAGUAUUUACUCCAACUUAUGUCAUUUUUAGAUUAAACAUUUACUUUUUUACUAA